ACAGCAGCGCUCCCCGCUUUCUGUCAGGCUGGUUAGGACCCUCAAGGAGGUCAGGAAUUUGUUCCGCUUGCAAGGUCACAGGCAGAGUGGACACUGAACUUUGGACUUGGGAGGUAAACACCGGGACUAUAAAUAUCCACUGGCAGGCUGCGUGCUGGGCAGAGGAGGCGGGAACAGGCUCCUGACAAGCCUAGCAAUGUGGAGGAGCCUGGGACUUGCCCUGGCUCUCUGUCUCCUUCCUGGGGGGACAGAGAGCCAGGGGCAAACCUCCAUUUGUAAGAAACCUCCAGCUUGGAGCAUAAAGGGUGAAGAUCCUAUGCUGAGCUCGAAUGGGUCGGUGACUGUGGUAGCUCUCCUUCAAGCUAGCUGACAGCUGUGCAUCCUGCAGGCCUCUAGAUUGGAAGACCUGCGAAUAAAACUGGAGAAAGAAGGAUAUUCCAAAAUCUCCUAUGUUAUUGUUAAUCACCAAGCAUCUCCCUCCCGAUUAAAAUACACACACCUGAAGAGUCAGGUUUCAAAGCACAUUCCUGUUUAUCAGCAAGAAGAAAACCAAACCGAUGUCUGGACACUCUUACAUGGAAUCAAAGAUGACUUCCUCAUAUAUGACAGAUGUGGCCGUCUUGUGUAUCAUAUUGGUUUGCCCUUCUCUUUCCUAAGUUUCCCGUAUGUAGAAGAAGCCAUUAAGAUCACUUAUUGUGAGAAGACUUGUGGAAAUUGCUCUCAUACGACACUGGAAAACGAAGGCUUCUGUAAAAAUAUCUCUCUAGCUACUUCAGAAAACACCACCAUAGCUCCGAAGCACCACCACCACGACCAUCACGGGCUUGGGCACCAGCAUGCUGGGAACGGGCCGCUUUCAGAGAACCAGCAACCAGGAGCCCAGGGCGCUCCUGAGCAUUUUGCCCCUCUAGGCCACCGUCACCCCCACAGGCACAAGGGCUCACAUGGAGAGGGUCACCCAGAGGACUGAGACAUGGCAGGAAGUGGAAGGUUACACCUCUCUCUCCCACAGAAGAGGCUCUGACGGAAGGGAUGUAUUAAUCAGUUGCUUUGAAAGUUGCCCAAAGAGUCAGAGUUGGCUCCUAGUAACUGAUGCUGACACUGCCGACAUCUGGUGUUUGAAAAGACAGGGUCUGUGACCACCUGACAGUGCAGUGAGAACCUCCCCUCCUUAUGUAGCUGACAGGGGCUCUGGGCAGCAGAGAACGUCAUUGAGUCCUGACAGUGACGUCUGCCUCCUGCUGCCUGACAGUCUCGUCAGCAGCUCAGUCCCACCACAGCCAGUGCCACCUGAAGCUGAAACGAUAAGGCAGGAAUGUGAGAAUGACCUUCACACUAAAUAUUUAAAUUCAGUUGUACUCCCCAGCUCAGCCUAGGCAAAUUUGCAUUUGUGGUAUUUUUAUAAGCUAUCAAAUUAGUGAAAAAGCUAAGAAUGGAGUCUAUGCAAAAUAGGGAAAGAUCUACUCUAUUGGCUCCCAAACUUUAAAAUUUAUGUCAAAGAAGUGUUGGCCCAAACCGUGGCUUUUACUGAAGGGCAACUUAAAGGUGGUUGCAGCAUUGGAUUGACAUGUCUUUCUUUUUCUUUUUCCAGCAUUCUACUUGCAGUAAUGAGGACAGAAACGUAAACUAUGACCUAGGGGUUUCUGUUGGAUAGUUAGCAAUUUAGAAUGGAGGAAGAAGAACAAAAACAUGUUUUCCAUUUUUUAUUUCUCAAAACAAGGCUAUCUAUGUCUCUUAAGUCUUACUUUUCUAACCGACUCAACCUUUAAAGCAGUCGAAGACUCAGAUGCACUUAACACGAAUAUUUUGCUUACAUUUAAAAUAUCCAUUUAUACUUCUUAUAUCUAAGGCUUAUAUCUUGAUUGUUACUAUCACAUGUGGAUUAAACCUUUAUAUUUUGUUUCCUAUACUACAUGAUGUAAAACUCAAGAGUGUUGUCUUGACAGAUAAGAGGGGACAGAUCAAAGGAUACUGUCUAUCUUGAGUCACUUAGAAAGUAUCUCCAUAGUCAAUGAUGGUUAGAUAGGUAAACUAAGUCCUGCUAACCAGAACUUCUUUAUGGCUAAUACUACUAAGCAAGGAUGCAAGACAAAGUAUGGGUUUGUUUAAAUAAACAGUCAAAUGCUUCAA